AACAAAACAAUAAGUUUUUCGUAAUCUUUUAUGAGUUGUAAAAUAUCAUCGUCGCUCACGCUUUGUAAUACAUCUUCAGAUUUUAAUGAACCCCAAAAAAACAUCAAAACACAAAUAAUUAAUUUCAUUGUGUUACUUUCUGUGCGUAUUAGUUUUUAAACUUAUAAUACUACUUUUUGUUUUAAACUAUGGUUAUAAUUAAAACAAAAUUAAAUCCAAUAAAAACAACCACAAAAAUCCGCUUACUCAAAGAGUAAAGUCAAUAACAUUUUUCUAUGAGUAAAGUCAAUAGAUAAAGUCAAAAGAACUUUAGUUCUUCAGUUUAUUACAUUGUUAACCAUUGAAUGCAGUACAAAUGUUCUAAUAAACAUUUUUUUUUUAAAUUAUAUAUUAAAUCAGUAAUCAUUACAUUACUAAAAAUAGUAUUAUGAAGUUUCUACGUCCAAUAUUCGUACCAAAUUAAAUUUAAUGAGGAUUGAGGAAUUAUUUAAAAAAAGAAUAUUAUUUCCCGAAAUCAAUCUAGAUGUUGCUACGUUAUUUUCUUGAUUUCUCUAUUCCUUCUGGUUUUCUUCCACGUAUAAAAGUAAAAUAGUUUUCAAAACUCAAUAAACAACUCAUAUUCUUUUUGUACUUUUUCGUAUUAGUAUUGAUAUCCAAGUUUCUAACUUUGCAAAUUUCUGUUUUUUUUAUUGUGUUAAUUAAAAGGAACGGAAAUGAUUAUCUUUGAUCUAUUGGUUUCCUGCAAAAAUCAACUUUUGCUAGAGUCGCCAUCUAAUGGAGGUGCUUUUUUUUAAUACUUUUUCAUUGUCAUAAUUUAUACCUACCUAUAGUAACUUAAAAUUUUAAAACAGUUACCAUUAAAAUACAAAUGUUUCUACUAAGGUUAUAUUUUUUUAUAAUGGCAAGAUGAAAGAACGAGAUACACGGCCUCAAUUGUGACUCUUUUGGCUCGGAUUAGCUUCUGUACAAAAAGCAAUUAAAAGUAUAUUUAAUCUGAUGGGGAUAAGGUUUUAAUUACAAUUUUUCUAAGUUAUAAGUAUAAAGUCCAUGGAUCGCUGUCACCGGCACCUAUAUUAUUCAAAUAUUUAAUUCCUUUAAUUAGCUUUAUUUAUUACAUUUGCUUUUAUUGAAAUUAUUGUGUAAGUUAAUUAUAUUUAUAUUAUAAAAUGAGAUCAGUUAAAACAACAGUUAGUUUUCAAAUAAAUAAACGAUAAUCGGUUACCUUUCUAAAUUCUAAGUUAAACAAGAUUGCCUUGUGUAUAACUUCGAUCCAACAAAUGAUUCAGUUCUAUUUAUAUUUAUGUUAUAAUCAGUCAGUACGACUUGCAUUUAUAUAUCUAUAAUUGUACAUUAAACCAUUUUAACUUCGUUCAUUUGACUGAGUCAUCGUUUUCAAACACUGGUUUAUUUUUGUCAGGUGUUCGGCAAAAUCCUUACAAUGGCUGAUAAUAUCGAAGAGAAGGUAGUCAUGACGCCCAAAUGUAAAACCGAAAACUCUACCACAUUGGUUAUUGAAAGGAAAGCAGUGGAAGCUGAGGCAAGUGAUAAAAUUCACAUUGCUGGUGGUGACCAUACUGGUAUCAUUAUUAAUAAAGAAAAAGUUUAUGAGAAUGGAGUUACAGAACCCUGUCAUGCUCAGCUAGAGUUCUGGGUGUAUUUGGUGUCAGUAGCUACUGGAUCUCACACACGGGAGGCUCGUGCCUUACGGUUCUGGUUCAAACCACAAACACCACCAAAUGAGAGGUCCUAUGAAGCACAGGCUUUCUUUCGUGAACUUGUCAGUCCUCAAGACUUUCCUAAAGAUUAUGUGGGAUUCAUAAAAAGGAUAAUGAAACUGAUGCAACAUAAAUAUCAUCAGCUAAAAAUAUUAGAGAUAGAGCUAAGACAGGAAGGACGAGGAUCACCACCUCCAGCUUUUAUCGAAGACUCAGCGAUAUGUCAAACACCAGUUAUAUCUGAACAAAGAGUUCUAGAUAUGAUAGAGAAUGCAUAUCCUAACCCUCUAACUGUCGAAGACUUUGUAACGGCGGGUAAAUGGUCCAAGACUGAAGUAAAGGAUGCGUUAGAAUCACUAGAAGAGAAAGGACUGACGAGGGCUAUGUCUGAUGGAUUAUACAUACGACAACAUAGUGUUGAUACACAGGUGGUAAAACAAAUGCCAACUCUUUGCUCCUCACGACAACCGAGCAUAGCAGUCGUCACAGCAUUAUAUUGUGAGAAACAAGCUGUUGACGCCAUGAUGGAUAACCAGGAAACAUACGUCCGGUAUACAACAGUCGGUGAAUCAAAUGUUUACACUCUGGGGACGAUCGGUGCACAUAGAGUAGUUACCACUAAGUUGCCUUCUGUGGGCCGGACCAGGGAAGCCAUGACUGCCGCCGGUAACACUACCACAAGACUUCUCGGUAUCUUCCAGAAGGUGGAGUAUGUGUUCCUUGUUGGUGUAGGAGGAGGCGUGCCACAUUAUACAGACUACGCGAAACACGUACGAUUAGGAGACGUGGUAGUUUCUACUCCAGCGCCUGAUGUACCCGAUAAAUACGUCUAUAUAUUCUGCGAAAAAGCAGAGCGUAACGAUAAAGGCGGCUGGGACUACGAGGUGAAACCUUACAAGCCUCCGAACUAUUUGCUUCAAGAGAUAGCGCUGCGCCUAACAAAUUCACAUACUACACCAUGGAACACAUACAUCGAAGAAGGAUUACAGCGAUUGCUUGGAGUCCCCGGACGAUGGGAAGCACCGGAGGGUGUCACCGAUCGCCUCACCGUGGACGUCGGCGAGGGCGCAUUCAUUGAAGUGUCUCAUCCUGCACCGCAAGGCGAUCAGGUUGAUCGCGCGAACGGUCGGCGGGUUCACUGCGCGCCGGUAGCGGGGGGGCGCGCGGUGGCGGGGGCGGGGGAGGCGCGCGCCGCGUUCGCCGCGUACGCGCGCGCACUCGCGUACGACUGCGAACUGGACGCGGUACUAGACAGCGUCGUCGGCAACAGGAAGGAUUGCUUCAUAUCUGUCAGAGGAAUCUCCGAUUACCGUGACGGUACUCGGGGCAAGGAGUGGCAACCGCACGCGUCGCUCGCAGCCGCCGCUGUAAUGAAAGCUAUCAUCUCCGCCAUGGAUCCGCCUACUGAUUAAACGAAACAUAUUUACACAUGGGCUGUCAAAAUAACCUAUAUAAUGCAUACUUGAUUGAAAUACCCAAACCUCAAUAAUAAACAGACAAUAAUCAUGAAAAAGUAUGGUCAGCA